CGGCGGCGCUUCCGGAGCCGCUUCCUCGCUGGCUUCCCCGCCGGAGCCGAGGGAUGCGGGCGCGCCGCGGGGCCCAGCUCUCCCAAAAGAUAGGGCAUAAAAGGCAGCGGCUGGCGGAGGCAGACUUGCAGCACAGCCCGCUGGACGCAGCUCCCAUACCUGGCCCCGAGGAACCCCGCCUGGGACUGCCUGCGAGCCUGGGUCCCCAGCGCAGCAUCUACUUCUCGAGCCCCAGAGACCGUCCUGCCCGGCUGGGGUCAGAGUUUUUCAACCAGCCAGCCGUCCCGCUGGCACAGGCAUUUCUGGGACAGGUCCUGGUCCGUCGACUCGCCGAUGGCACAGAGCUCCGCGGCCGCAUUGUGGAGACCGAGGCCUAUGUGGGGCCAGAGGACGAAGCUGCCCACUCAAGGGGUGGCCGGCAGACUGCUCGCAAUCGUGCCAUGUUCAUGAAGCCAGGGACCCUGUACGUCUACCUCAUCUACGGCAUGUACUUCUGCAUGAAUGUCUCCAGCCAGGGGGAUGGAGCGUGUGUCCUGCUGCGAGCGCUGGAGCCCCUGGGGGGCCUCGAGACCAUGCGGCAGCUUCGUAGCACCAUCCGGAAAGGUACCGCCAGCCGCACCCUCAAGGACCGUGAGCUCUGCAGUGGCCCCUCCAAGUUGUGCCAGGCCCUGGCCAUUGACAAGAGCUUUGACCAGCGGGACCUGGCCCAGGAUGAGGCCCUGUGGCUGGAGCAUGGCCCUCCUGGGCCCAGUGCAUCAGCCAUGGUGGCAGCAGCCCGGGUGGGCAUUGGCCAUACAGGAGAGUGGGCCCAGAAGCCCCUGCGCUUCUAUGUCCGGGGCAGUCCCUGGGUCAGUGUGGUGGACAGAGUGGCUGAGCAGAACAUGCAGGUUUGAACAAGGCCCUGCUCAGACAAGGGAGGCUUUUUAAUGCCACUUUUAAAACAAAUAAAGGCUACAUUUCUAGAAAACUAUUUCUCCCCUCUGGGCGGUCAG